UCGAUCCAUCGAUAUUGCAGAGAAGACCAGGCCUCGUCUGUCUAGCUGAUGUGAUGAACAUGCAUCAACCUUGCUUUUUACAGUAUCUCCUCCUCAUCCUCGUGCCUCUGCUGCUGUCUGCCUCUGCUUAUGAUAGAUCAGGUGAGUUCAUCUUCGAUGGUUUCUCUGGCAACGAUCUAAUAACCAUGGAUGCUGCUUCUGUCACCAAUGGCCUCUUGAGCCUCACUAGCGGGCAGAAGGAAUUGAGAGGUCACGCUUUCUAUGCUUUCCCUCUCGAUUUCACAAGUGCCGCCGUCCCAAAUAGCUCCGCCGUUCUGUCCUUCUCUACAACCUUUGUCUUUGCCAUCAUCGGCCCAUAUGAUGAUUUGAGUGGCCAUGGUCUUGCCUUUGUGCUUUCUUCCACCAAUGAUUUGUUUACUGCCUUGCCUAGCCAGUACCUAGGCCUUCUCAAUUCAUGGAAUGAUGGUAACUCAUCAAAUCAUCUUCUUGCAAUCGAGCUUGAUACCAUACAGAGCACCCAGUUCAAUGACAUCAACGACAACCACAUUGGGAUCGACAUCAAUAGCCUGUCCUCCGUUGCCUCACACACUGCAGGCUACUACACCUCCAAUGGAGAGUUUCAUCCGCUGAAACUUAUAAGUAGAAAACCGAUGCAGGUGUGGGUGGACUAUGACAGCAACCAUAUCAUGUUGAAUGUCACAAUAGCACCUUACUUCAUGUCGUCCACCAAACCCAGCAGGCCACUGCUCUCGACUAUAUUCAAUCUUUCCUCUAUUUUGCCAACCGCAACAGUAUACGCUGGGUUUUCCUCCGCGACUGGCACACUUAACUGCAAGCAUUACGUUCUUGGCUGGAGCUUCAAGCUCAACGGAGAAGCUGCAUCACUCAACUACUCCGCCUUAUCUGUCAAGACUAUCCAAGAACUCGCACAACAAGUUCCAACUAGCGAUCACCCAGGCAGCUACAAGGUUCUGAUAUGCAAAAUUCUCUUACCGAUCGUUGCAAUUUUCGUACUUGUUUCUGCUGUUCUUGUUAAGGUCCACAUGAAGAGGCGAUCACAAGAAAGAGCUGAACUAGACUGGCAGAGGGAGUAUGGGCCUCCAUCUUUCACCUACAAAGAAUUGUUGGCCGCCACUCAUGGAUUCAAGGACAAGAUGCUUCUUGGUAGAGGAGGCUUUGGGAGUGUGUACAAAGGAGUGAUGCCUAUCUCUAAGCAGAUAGCUGCUAUUAAGCGAGUGUCGCCGGAGUCAAGGCAAGGGAUGAGGGAAUUCAUGGCCGAGAUCACCAUCCUCGGUCAUCUUCGCCACCGCAAUCUGGUGCAGCUGAUUGGGUAUUGCAGCCAUAAGCAACAUCUUCUUUUGGUCUACGACUACAUGCCAAAUGGAAGCCUUGACUGCUAUUUGCAUACUCAAGAUCAUGGCAACACCAAUCUAUGCUGGGCUCAAAGAUUCCACAUCAUCAAAGGUAUAGGUAUAGCAUCUGGUCUCUUCUACCUCCACGAGGACUGGGAGCAGGUUGUCAUCCACCGGGACAUCAAGACCAGCAAUGUCCUUCUCGAUAGCGAGAUGAAUGCGAGGCUAGGUGAUUUUGGCCUUGCAAGAUCCCAUGAUCAUGGUGCUGAUGCUCACACCACGCAUGUGGCAGGUACGUACGGUUACAUUGCUCCCGAGUUGGCCAGGCUUGGCAAGGCAACCAAAGCAACUGACAUCUUUGCCUUCGGCGUGUUGAUGAUGGAGGUCACCUGUGCAAUACGGCCAAUAUGGGUGAACACCACCGAUGGGGAGCCUCUGGCCCUAGCAGACUGGGUGCUUGCUGCAUGGCAAGGUGGUUCCAUCACCGAUGCCGUCGACCCAAGACUGGAUAGUUAUGUGGAUGAGGAGAUAGAGUUAGUCCUGAAACUUGGCUUGCUUUGUUCACAUCCCUCGCCAAACGCGAGGCCUUGCAUGCGCCUCGUCAUGCAGUACCUGCAAAGCGACACACCACUCCCAUCAGACUUUCAACCGAAUAGUUUACUGAGCAUUGGUGUGAUUCAAGAUGAAAUGCAUGAUCAGCGAGCCAUGUCAUGUCCAUCAGCUGCUAUAACCGAUCUUUCCAAAGGGAGAUAACAUCGCUGUGUUACUUGGCAAUAAUCAUCUGCAAUGUGCUCUUGCUUAGGGCUAGUUUGGAAGCAAGGAUAAUGGAGGAGAUUGAGAGACUACAAUCCCAUACUAUUCAAUUUUAAAUAAUGAGGGCUAGUUUAGGAACUACAUUUUUCUAAGGGGUUUCUAUUUUCCUCAGGGAAAAUGAAAAUCCCUUAAAAAUGAGGUUUACAAACUAACCUUGAGGGAUUCUAGUCUCCUUGAUCCUCUCUAUUCCAGCCAUUAGAGCUAGUUUGAAAACUCAAAUCUCCUUCGGGAUUGAAUGAGAUUGGAGAGGAAAUCAGUUCAUUUCCACCUCAAUCCUCUCCAAUCCCAAAGGGGAUAUGAGGUUCCCAAAGUAGCCCUUAGUGUUGGUACUGCUACUGCUUAUUUGAUGUGCUAUUCUAUGGCAGAGUUUCGAUUUACUUGGAGUAAUGUGUCAAAUCCUAUGACGUUGUUGUAUUACUAUGAACAUCUUUCGUCUGAGAUUAUCCAGCUACUAUUCAUAACGUCAAUAUACUAGAUGCAGUACCCAAAUGUACUAAAUAUUGUACAACUGUAGGUCUGGC